AUGGAUGGUUUAAUUCACGCGGCAUUGGAAGCAGAGGUAAUUUUAAACCGGGCCAAACAUGUGAAUACGAACUUAACAAAUUUUGACAGUGGUGUCUCUGAUCAUAAAAUGACUUGGACCCACGAGAAGAUGCAUCUAGCAGAAACUCUUGACGACUCCAGGAUGAAAUUUCAACGUAACUCCGUCAGUUCUGUUACAAAGUGUUCAGAGAAGUUUGAUCUGUUUAAAAAGCUUCAUGAAUUGUACAAUGAGCUCAGCCAAGAUGAAACUUCACAAACCAACUAUCAAGGACUUAAAACUACUUCUUACCUAUUAGAAAAGCUGUUGGCUACAUAUAAUUUAAACACUUUGAUAAUCAAUUUGUAUCCAGGCAAUAAGGGAUAUUCUCUAUCAUUGAAAGUAAAUGGAAAUACACAGUAUGUCCAUCCACCAGAUGUGAGUGGCUCAUCAAGUCAAGAUGAGACUUUAAUUGAGACUCCUAGGUGGCCUUAUGAAGAGGAAGAACUUCUUAGUUACAUAGACAAUGAAGAACUACCUGUGGUACUUUUAGACCUACUAGAAUCUGAACAUUCAUGUCUUUUCUACUCUGGAUGCAUAAUAGCUCAAAUAAGGGAUUACCGGCAGGCUUAUCCAAGUUUUCUAUGUGAUACUCAUCAUGUGUUGUUAAGGCCAACAAAUCAGAGUAUAAUAACAGACGCAAUGUGUAUUGGCGGUCGAUGCGGGUGGGCAGGAGAGGAGCGGGGUGCGGUGGAAGCGGUCGAAGCCGCGUUAGUGCAUGCUUCCGCUCCCCCCCUAUGCUUAGAACCGCGGCCUGCAGUAGGUCUCCUUGCAGCGAGGUUACACGCCGCCCCACGACUUUUUAAUACCCCAAGGAUACGACGUCAAGCUCGGAAAUUUUCUCAAGUGGCUGUCAAUAGAAAAAGAAAAUUGGAUCAAUUUACACAUUACCACGGAUUGGAGCUAUUGGAGUUGAUUCAUCGACAAAGAGCGAAAAAUAGCAGACAAUCUGUGCCUCAUACUAGACUGACUUCCAAAUACCCUAAGAAACCACCAGAGGUGUUCAAGCCGAUAGAACCGCCAAAAAUGGAGCCUUUGCCACUGGCAUUGCCUUCCGAACCGAGCGGGCCUUUACGGCUUGCGCGUGCGUACGAACGUCCCCGACCGACCCCAGACUGCCAGCCGCAACUCGUGGAAGAGUACAUUCUGGAAACGGAGAAGACGUCACCGCACGCGGGCGCAGGCUUCUUCCAUAUAAAACUAUCGAUAUUACAACGGCCGUCCGAUCAAGAGUUCCUAGGAGAGUUGUAUGUGGAUAGAGAUCAUGUUGAGGGGGAAAGAAAUGGUGCAGCAUGUAGAUUUACAUUAGGGUCUCGACUUCAAGCUAACAAAUAUAUACAACAAUUUACUGAGAUAUUUACAGAGGAAGGAAGGAAAUCCGUUAGGAUAAAACAUAUUGUACCUGGGCAGCUACCAAGAGUGUCCUUUACUGGAGGGAUGAGAGAAAUGUUAUUGUUACAGCAGCGGUCCGCGCAAGCGAGUAGUUCCACAGUACAAACACAUGCAACUACGGUACCUGUAGUAACACCAGCAAUACAAGCGACACCCAAUGUCCACACAAGUGCAAGGCAGCUGCCAAUACUGCAGGCGCAAUUGCAACAAGUGGGCAAUGUCGGGAAUGCGUCGGCAGUAAGCACGGUUGUCGGAAACGUGGGCUCAGUGAGUGCUGUGGGAUCAGUGGGCAACGUGGGCACGGUGGGCUCUGUCGGGACAGUGGGCAACGUGGUCAACGUCGCCGCAACCAACUCUGCGGUUGAGGCUGCGUUGAAGCAACAACCUUCGCCUACUACUCCCCGGUUGUCACCUCAGGCAUCAACAAAUCAGUUGCUAGCACAGCAGUUGACCAACCCACCGCAACCACUCAACCCUCAGAAGAUGCAAUCCGCCAUAAUACAUAUACAGCAUCCUCUAAUGUCAUCUUCCGGCACAUCGCAGGUACAAAGUAUACAAUAUACAAGUACGACGACAACGCAGCAGAAAGCCACUAUAAGUAAGCCGAGAUCGACAAAUCCAGCUAUAAACGCGCUUGUCACUAGUCUUAUGAAUUCGGCACAACAAUUCCAACAAGCGGCGAGUCAAAACGCUGCGAAAUCAGUCGUCAGUACAGCGAGUAGCAACGCGACAAUACUGAACCUGCUGAAUAGUGCGCCGGCUGCCAUGACCCACGUCACCACCGCUGACAACUCACUGGAUACGCAUAAACUGCUCACUCGCACUGUGUCGAUAUCGGGCGCGCGGCUAAUCGCGUCGUCCACGAGCGCUCACACCAUUCCCACUUAUACCCAGCAGGGCGCGCGACUGAUUGCUGCGUCCACGAGCGCUCACACCAUUCCCACUUAUACGCAGCAGGUUACAUACACCCGAGAAAACGAUUCGACGAAUGUGUCAAGUAGUGAGAGUGCUUUGUUGGAGCGACUUAUGGGUCCCGAGCCUGCCGCAACUCCUCCUUCACAAUCGCAACCGCAGUCUCAACCUCAACCUGUUUGUCAUUUGCAGGGUUUAAGUUUAACAUCUUUGCAAAGCCUACAAGGUAUUCAGGGUGUACAGAACGUUCAAGUACAAAUACCGGGUCUAUCGGCGCCUAUAUCGUUAUCGCUUAAUGUGUCCGGGGCGCCAAGCGGGUUACUGGUAUCGGUGCCGCCCACUACCUCUGUAGUGCUAACCAAUCAACCUUCAGUGCUAUCAUUGCCUAUAGCGCAACUAAUGUCCGGUGGGGUAAAAGGGGGCGUAAGGGGAAGUGCGGUUCAAGUAGUACGAGCGCCCCGACCCGCGCGGUUGCCUCGUCCCGCUCCCCGACCUGCUCUACAGCCCACUACCGGUACAACUCAAUUUAUAACUCAGGCGCAGACACAAGUAUUAAAUGCGCACCAAGUACGACGAAAAUCAAAUCCUGAUAGUUCAUAGUAAAUGUUUAAACUUUAGCCCACUGCCGAUAUUGUUAAUUAGAAUGUAAAUAAUAGUUGCAUAUAAUAGAUGAAAUUUGUAUAAUAACUAAGAGGACAAGUGAAAUAACAAUCUGCGUGCAAUAUUGAUCAAGAGAUCUCUAGCAGACUAAGUUUAACUAAAUGAACGCAUCGUUCACACAUAUGCUGGGGUGGCGGUGGAUAAAGAUGAAAGCGGAUGUGAAUUUUUGUAGUUAGAUUUUGUACGAAAUAUGUCAUAUAGAAUAACACGCAUAUGCUCCCAGGAAUAUACCUGCAGCCGCUAAAGCCUGACUGCGCCACAGCCUUUGUGUGUUUAGUGCUUUAAUUGACAACUAUUUCUUCGCCGUAUAAAACUCAAAUACGUACCGUUACCAUGAGUUCCCAUUGA